AUGGGCACGAUGCUUUUGUGGUCUAUGCUUUCGCCUCUGAUAACGGCGUCUGGUGUUCUCAACGCUUCGCCAGCGGUACCAGACCAAGAACUGCUUAUUUCAAAAUGGGACAUUCAGUCAACUGCCAAAGCGAGCAAGGACCUGGCUACUCUUUCCCGCCCAGGUUCGGACGUCUCAUCGUGGCACCAUGUGAAUGCGUCCAAGUGCACGCUGAUGGGCUGCUUGAUUGCUGCAGGCGUUUAUAACGAAUCCGAUCUGUUCUUCUCGGACAACCUCAAUCGGUUCGACAGAGCCCAGUUUGCGGUUCCGUGGCUAUAUCGCAACGAGUUCGCCCUGAACCAGACCCAGGGGAAGCAUUAUUUCAUCCAGAACCAUGGCAUCACCUCAAAGGCCGACAUAUUCUUCAAUGGCCAGCAGAUUGCCACCAAGGCGGUGCAGGCGGGUGCAUACGCGGGUCGUUCAUACGACGUUACGAAGUAUGUGGCCAAGGACAAUGCCCUGCUGAUCCAGGUAUACCCAACAGAUUACAACUACGACUUUGCGUUGGGAUUCGUGGACUGGAACCCCUAUCCGCCAGAUAACGGCACGGGUGUCUGGAGAGACGUCGUCAUCAAGCAGACCGGUCCUGUAGCGCUAGGGCCCUUGCGCGUCACCACCGAUUUUGAGCUGCCUGCAGGGAAGGGGAGCGCCUCAGUAACGCUGAAGGCAAAUGUGCAGAAUCUAGAAGACCACGAGGUCACUGUUGUCGGCGAAAGCAUCGUAUCAGAUGAGAGUGGCAGUAAUCCUCUUUCGAAGAAGCAAACCUUCAAGAUUGGGCCGUCAAAAUCGCUUGACCUGAACAUUACAACUCUAAUCGAAAAGCCAGCGAUCUGGUGGCCGAAAGCUUGGGGGGAGCAGCCCCUUUAUACUGGGAAAUUAUCGGUCUCGGUGGACGAUUCGGUUUCAGACAUUGCAGAGAACCGCUUCGGUAUCCGCAAGGUGACCUCAAAGGUGAACGAGCACAACGACACCAUCUUCAGCGUCAAUGGAAACCCUUUCCAGGUGAUUGGCGGUGGCUACUCGGCUGAUAUGUUCCUCCGCUGGGACAGCAACAAGUUCGCCACGCAAGUACAGUACAUGCUGGACCUUGGACAUAACACUGUGCGCCUAGAGGGCAAGAAUGAGCACCCAGAGCUCUACGACACCGCGGACCGCAUGGGUCUGAUGGUCUUGGCGGGGUGGGAGUGCUGCGACAAAUGGGAAGCCUGGACCUAUAAUGAGGACCUUGCGGUGAAGUCUGAGUGGACGCAGAGCGACUACGGGAUCGCAGAUGCGAGUGCGCGGCAUGAAAUCACCAUGCUGCAGAGCCACCCCAGCGUCUUGGGCUAUCUCGUCGGCAGUGACUACUGGCCGGAUGACAAGGCCACGGCAAUGUACGUGCAAGGCUUCAAGGACCUUGACUGGCAGAACCCAAUCAUUGCCUCGGCAUCAAAGCGAAGCUAUCCGAAACUGCUGGGUCCGUCUGGAAUGAAGAUGGCGGGUCCAUAUGAUUGGGUACCGCCAAACUAUUGGUACGACGUCAGCUCAACGGAUGAUAGACUCGGUGCUGCCUUCGGCUUCGGUUCAGAGCUGGGGGCUGGAGUAGGUACCCCGGAGCUCAGCAGUCUGAAGAAAUUCUUGACCAAGCAGGAUAUGGACGAUCUCUGGAAGCAGCCAAACAAGGGACUUUUCCACAUGUCGACGAGCGUUUCAUCGUUCUACAAUCGCAAGAUCUAUAACGAUGCACUAUGGAAGCGACAUGGCACCCCUUCUUCCCUGGAUGACUAUUUGCUUAAAGCACAGAUUCUUGAUUACGAGGCAACCCGAGCACAGUUCGAAGGUUUCUCGGCGCUCUGGAAUGCGAACCAGCCGGCGACUGGGUUGAUAUACUGGAUGCUGAACAACGCCUGGCCGAGCUUGCAUUGGAACCUCUUUGACUACUAUCUGCAUCCCGCAGGCUCUUACUUCGGCGCCAAACUUGGCAGCAGAGUAGAGCAUGUAGCCUACGACUACAUUCAGAAGGCUGUCUACCUGAUCAAUCACUCGAUAAACCGCCAGGGCGCACGAACCGUUCAAGUCGAAGUCGUAGGGCUUGAUGGCAAGGUCGUCACGAGCACAAGUGUCAAGGUGCAGACGCAGCCGAACGUUAGCAAGAGCAUAUACAAGCUACCCGCCCUAAUUUACCCCUCGGACGUUGUCUUCCUGCGUCUGGUCCUCUCGGACGACAAGAAUGCCACGCUCAGCCGUAACGUGUACUGGCUAGCCAAGACCGUCGACACGCUGGACUGGGAGAACUCCGACUGGUUCUACACGCCGGUGACGAAGUACGCCGACUAUAAGGCGCUUGAUAAGCUCCAGGCUGCCAACGUGACCGCAACCGUCUCCGAUUCUUCUGAGGACGGCGGUAGUAAAGUGGUGCUGGAGAACCACUCCACGGUGCCUGCUUUCUUUGUGAACCUCAACCUGGUCGACGGCGCCGGUGAGGACGUGUUGCCGGUGUUCUGGUCGGAUAACUAUGUUACCCUAUGGCCACGGGAGAAGUUGGAACUGGACGUCAAAUCAGGCGGUACAGGUGCAAAAUCAAUCAAACUUAAGGGGAAGAAUGUAGUCAGUUCGCAGGUGUUAUUAGCUUGA